AUAAAGCUAUCGAAAAAGUUGAUGAAGUCCUAAGAUCUACGUAUAUUGAUGAUGGUGUAUCCUCAAUAAUCGAAGAAAAGCUUAAUGGUGAAGAAGCUGAUUCUAACAUCUUAGCAAAAGUAGGUGUGCCAGAAGUUCCAGCAUUGCCAAAAUCUGAAACAGAAAAUAUACCUAGUUCUGUUACUGAAAAACCUGCGGAUAAUGAAUCGAAAUCAAUAGAACCUGGUUCAA